AUUGACUGUUGGAAGACCCUGGGACAGAGAUGGAAUAGCGUCUUCCUGGAAAUAGCAAAAUCAUUCUGAUCAGAGACCUACCUGUACAACGUGUACAAGCGGCUUAUCUGAUGCCUCGGGGGAUACUUAAUAUCGAUUCGCACGUCUUUAAAACGUAAUAGGGCGUAUCACCGAUGGAAAAAAAAAACAAAAACAUAUUUCAGCGGUCUAUUUACGUAUAGCUAGCAAUGUAAAAAAAAGUAAUAAUUAAAAAAAAAUCCGCCGCUUUGCGCGUGCCCUUUAAGAGAGAAACAAGUCACCUAACAAUGUGACGAUAGGACUCCGGUCUGAAUGCAUGUAAAAUAGCCAGUACCGAGAAACGGAGCUGCCGAGUAGCUUUGCGUUAUUUUAAGAGGACGGUGUGGUAAUGGGGGGAAUUUUCCUUUGAUAUUAAGCAAACAUUAAGAUCAAAAUGGUGUCCUGGAUGAUCUCGAGAAUAGUGGUCCUGUCUUUCGGGAUCCUCUACCCUGCCUACUCCUCCUACAAGGCGGUGAAGACGAAGAAUGUCAAAGAAUAUGUCAAGUGGAUGAUGUACUGGAUAGUGUUUGCCAUCUUCACCACUGCAGAGACACUCACAGACAUCGUCCUUUCAUGGUUCCCUUUUUACUUCGAGCUGAAGAUUGCCUUCGUCAUCUGGCUCCUGUCUCCCUACACCAAGGGCUCCAGCGUGCUCUACCGCAAGUUUGUGCACCCCGCUCUGUCCAAGAAGGAGAAGGAGAUCGAUGAGUACAUCAGCCAGGCCCGGGACCGCAGCUACGAGACCAUGAUGCGCUUCGGGAAGAGGGGCCUCAACAUUGCCGCCAGCGCGGCCGUGACGGCGGCCUCCAAGGGGCAGGACGUGCUGUCGGAGAAGCUGCGCAGCUUCAGCAUGCACGACCUGACGCUGAUACAGGACGAGGAGGAGCUGCAGCGCCUGCGCAAGUCUGACGCCCGUCUGCGCGGCUCUACGUCCAGCCUGCUGGAUCCCGCCAGUGACACGGGAGGCGGGGGCAGCACAGUGCCGAGGAAAAGCACGGCCCGCCCAGCCCGUGCCUCACCUACUGACGAAUCACGUCCAGGUUCCAAAGCUGACGGGGACCACUCGGAUUCCAGGACAGAACAGUCUGAUGAGGACGGUGCAGAGAAGGUCCCCAAACGCACUGCCAGUGUCAAGGCCAAGAAACCAACCACUACAAAGGCAGAGACUCAAAGCAAGACGGUGAAGAAACAGCCAAAGAAGAAGACCUCACCGACUACAGAAACACCCUGAGCUUCCCCCUGUCCUGUACCUCAACACCCCUGCUGUCCCUGGGUCUGUCUGUGUGUCUGUCUGACUUACAGAAACACACACGUACACAUACACAUACACGUGCAUUU